AUGUCGCAAUUUUAUUGGCAGUUGCAAACGAAUACACAACACGAUGCAAAGAAUGGAGAUGAAUGGAGUUAUAUUGGCUUGAUCAAUGAUAAUACCAAGGAAGGGUUGCAACAACAACAACAACAACAACAGCAGCAGCAACAACAACAACAACAACAACCCUAUUGGUGGCAUCAGCAGAAUCAAACUGGAACGGAUCCGUAUAGCGCGGCAGUAUUUGAAGGUUUUCGGGCAUCUUCUGGUGAUGGCGAUUGUAUGGAAAGUUGGCAAACAUCGACAGCACCUAAUAGCUGUAGCACAUUUUUCACGCAAGAACUGCCGGAAGAAAUUUCCAUGGAAAAAACGACUCUACCUGAAAUACAUGAGCAACAAAAUGAGCAAGUACGAUACGGUAUUCAUCAACCAAUUUUGGAUUUUGAAUAUAGCAUUGCUGGUCAUAAUGCAGAAAAAGUAACUGAUGAAAAAUUUAAUAAGCAGCAUGUUAUGAUGGAACUGGUUCCCGGUGAUGAUGCAGAAGUAUUAUUGGAUGAAGAGACAAAUAUUUCAGGUAAUAUGGCGACAGAUACAUUGCUACCAGAAGAAAAGGAGCAGUCAGUAAAUGAGACUGAAAGCGGCGUAUCAGCAGUAGCAGUGGCUCAAGUCAUUCCUAUGAUAGCAACAUCUAUUGUUACCGCGGCAGAAACAUCGUUUUCUGCCAGUGUUUUGCAUUGUAACCAAUCAUUUCCAACAACUAUUUCUUCUGCUGCAAACAUCGCUCGUGUUGGUCCUCUUUCCAACAACGACUCUUCCGGAUUUUCAGUGAAUCGUGUUGUUCCAACAUUACAGUCAAUCAUUCCUAAUCCGCAGAUGCCUCCACUCGCACCUGUUGCAAGUAGUGCUCGCUGUACUCCAUCAUUAGUUGAAGAAACUGGUGAAACACAAAAUACUGCUGCUAUUGAGGGGACACAGGAUGCUUCGAACAUCAUAUCAGGAACAGAUUCUCAACAGCCUAAUGCUACCAUGGUAUCAGCUAGAGGACAACAAUCUGUUGUGAAUAGUGCUUCUAAUCAACCAAAGAAAGCGGUUGACGAAGCCGUCAAUUCAUUUUCAACUGAUAAUGUCCAAGGGAUGCGAGAACAAAAUGAAUUGAAACAAAUUUUAACGAAGGAUGAUAAAGAGCAUAACACUGCGAUAUCGGCAUCUGCAGAACAAUCUACGGAUUCAACCGCACCUGAAGAUUCCUGCAGUAGACCUAUUGAAAAACAUAGGGAUUCUAAAAAUGUCCGAGAUCGAUAUCGAAUUAUUCGCCAACAAUAUCCGGAAGUAAUCAAGCGAUUGGAUCGUUUGAGAAUGGAAACUCAUAGCUUAGACUGGCGCCCGAUGCAGAAAGCUUCAUUAGGAGAAAUCAGCGAAAAUUCUCAUAGGUCGAUCGCAAACAGAAAGCAUAAAAAUUCAGCAGUGGUCGGCCUCGAUUCCAACGUUAAUACAAAUUCGAAGAAUGUUGAAGCGAUGUGGGAUUCUCGAUCGCCUUCCAAAAUGAAUCAUUCGUUUACGCUUCCCGACCGUAUGAGUUCUGAAGAUAACUAUGCAAGAAAUGAUGUUUAUUACGGGGAGGACUUCGUCAAUUCACUUCGUCGAAAUCGAUAUGCUCGCGCUCGAGAAUAUGAUUAUUUUUCAUCGUGUGGCACUAAAUCAGAAAUGGGUGAGAUAGGACCGUAUAGAGGUCCUGCACUUAUUAAGCACAAGCAUAUGAUGCAGAAUACAUAUGGCUAUCAUUCUUCACCCAGUUACCAAUACGAGUAUUAUCCAAGUGGCAGGCAGUCAUUGGGACCUCAUCUUGGACGACGUACAGCUCAUGAAUUAGCGAUGAUGUAUAAUGUUGAUAAUGGUCCGGCACGUCGACCCCAAUCUUCAUUUGACGUACCAUGUUCGAAAUACCAACAGUUAAAUGAAUUUGCUCAGAACUCUCAUCAGAAUGAUAGAGGGCAACAUUCGUUUGAAAGUGAGGAAGAAAGUAGUGAAAGUGACAGUGAAAUGGCACGAAUCCAUAGUGAACAGAAAAUGGCACGGCGGGUUGCUGCAGAGCGUUACAGUGCAAUGCCUUUCACAGCUCCAAAUGAGUUCUACUAUUUUGGUGUGAUACAGUUGCCACAGGAACGUGUGGAGUAUAUAAUGCGCAGAUUGCCGCCACCUCCAGAAUACUUUCAAUUACCUGCAAUUGAAAAGGCCGCUUAUUUGUUUUACUGUGUUCUCUACCGUCAUCAUUAUCUCCCGGUGGAUUUGUUUCAUAAAAAGUUCAACCGAGAAUAUUUCAGCUACAUGUGUGAAGGAGAUUCAGCUGAAGUUGCGCUCUGGAAGAUCUGCAAACAUACACAAGAAGAAUAUAUAGCUAAGCGUUCAAUAAAUCAGUUGAAGGCUUAUGAAAUGUCUCAGAAACAGUUGUUCAGCGAUGAACAUGAAACACUUGAUAGCAGACAAAGUGAACGGGGAAGUCGAUGUGAUGCUGAAGAUGAGAGCGAUCAACUCAGCAUCGAUUCUACCCCUAAAGAGCCUAUGAAAUUCCGUGUUCCGCAUUCAUUUCUAAGAUUUGGUGUUGGUGGGAAGGCAAUCAUGCUGAAUGUUCAGAAUUCAGAGAAUGUCUUAGAAAUACGUGAUCUGAAAACUUUGUUUGGUAAUCAUAAACUAUUGCGUAUUUCGAAUGCCAUUGAAUCAUUCCGAGGUCCUCUUAUUGCUGGAAUCACUCCAACUCAUUCCGUACACCUUUAUGUGCAGCGUCAAAUUGAAUUUAUUUUAAAGUCGGAAGCUUAUCUUUUAAAUCCAUCAAAUAGCUUAGAAAGUGACUGUCUUUUAAUAUGGCAGCUUUUGGAAAUGCUUGUGCAGCAGCAAGGGCGAGUAACGGGUCCGGAUUUGUCGCGGUUAUUAACGGCCGCUUUUGAUGAAUCGGAACUGGGACGAUAUGGCAAAGAAAAAUCAUGUCUUCGUACUUCUGCAAACUUCAGUGAAUAUUCUGUAGACUCCAAGGCAUAUGAUCGUUUCACACAAUUUCUUCUAGGCGGCCAUAUUAAAGAAGCUCUUGAAAGUGCAGUGAAGGAUGGGUUGUAUUCGGAUGCAAUGAUUCUGGCACGUCGCAUAUAUACGAAUGAACCGCAAGAACUUGAAAAAAUCGAAACAGCCUUUUUGUCUCAUCGAUCAGAAUUGAAUCCUGUGAUGACCCUUCUUUCUGUUGCAAAUGGACAACCGGCUCCGGUUUUGACAAGUCCACCGAUGGAUGAGGCAAAUAGCUGGCGUUCACAUGCAGCUAUAGUCCUGGCUAAUUUAAAUACCCCAACAGCUCUUGGAACGGUAUACCAACUUGGUUGCAUACUUGCUCAUCGUGGAUUGCAUGCUGCGGCUGAUUUUUGUUUCCUAGCAGUUAGCCUUUUAAUGCCAAGCUAUAAUCCAUUCGAACCAUUACCUAAAAGCGAAGGUGUGAGUGCAGAUGUUCGUCGGCACAUAACACUUAUUCAUGCGACUUUACCAGAAGAAAUGAAUUUCGUAUUUUCGAAAGGCUUCUCGAUAAUAGAUUUACAUGCUACGGAAAUUUUUCAAUAUUCCAUAAAGUUGGCCAACAAUAGCAUUCCGGUGAAUUUCAACUCGUCAAUUGCAUAUCAGUUGCAUCGUUUGGAUUAUGCAGAAAUGAUUUCGGAAUUUGGAAGUUCUACAGGAGAUGCUUUCCGGUAUUGCGUUGAAAUUGCGAAGGAAAUUUGGGACAGACAGCGCGAAAUUGAAACCGAACAGCUUGAACGACUUUACGAACUUGCUGAACGUUUGAAAUUUGUGGCAUGCGCAGAUGCGAAUAGUACGGCCUGGCUUCCAGCUUUGCGGUCUUUCAUAGAUAAGCAGCAAAAAGCAAUUGAAGAAAAUAAAAUGGUAGAUGAUGCUACAGCAGUUAACAACCAUGAUAUCGAAGAUACCAAAAUGACUGGAAAUUCCACUGAAAACAGUGAUAUUGACUUCUCUAACAUGACAGUAUUACGCGCGGGGACGAUUGAAAGACAUACGGGACAGGAGGUCAUUUUAACAGCCCCUGUAAAGCAGAACGAAGCAGAAAAUCGGAAGCCCGGAAAUAGCGAAUAUCGCAUGCAGCCCGGACAAUUGCGGGAUAGGGUUAGAAUAUGUGGCAACACAAACGCAUCGAUAAAUCCUUCUCAGCGCUCAGCACUACCAGUUUUACCAGCUAGCACAAAAGAUUUUACGGAAAGUAGCGAAACAGCUGCUUCGCCUCUUUUGUCAGAGGCUAAGGAACGAAUUUCACAUGAAACAAUGCAAAAUUAUUAUGACAAUGGUAUCGAGCGGGAAAUCUUGAAAAUGGAACAGCAAAUUGAUUUGAAAGGAGCAAACAGCGAGAUAAUGGCAGAAUGUACGACAGAUGGCAAUAGCACGUCUACAAAUAGUCAUGAAAAUACUCCUCAUCAAAAUAUUGAUCGUUUGGAAGGAAAAGUCCCAAACGGAAUGGUAACAACAGGAAAUCAGAUUCAGGAGACAUUUCAGUCUGAUCACGUGUCUCCAAUAAUUCUAAAUUCAGGUGCAAAUCAAUGCCCAAAUUUUACAACAGAGCUUUCCUCUAAACAACAAUCUGAUAUGGUUAAAAAGGAUGAAAAAACACAUAGUGAGGAGAAAAUUGUAAAUGAUCAUCGUCAGAAUUCGGGACUGUUUUCAAAACUAAAAGCAACGAUUGCAAAAGCAAUCCCAUCAAGCAAUGAAAUGAUUCUUCCCGACGACAAACAUCCGUCGAUUGUAUGGGAUCCGAAACUCAAUAGGUACGUUGGUGAAGGAAUUGAGGAAGAAUCAGCCCCAGAGCCACCGCCAUCGGUUACGCCAAGUUCGGAAAAGGUGAAUGGGUUAACACAUCGUAAUGUUGGUGGAUUAGUUGCUGCUCGACUAAGUGGUGGGUCAAGGUAUUUCAACCCACUCAUCGAAAUAUCAUCUUCAAAGUCGGCAUCUCAGGCUGUCCCGCUUUUACCACCAGCACCUGCUACUGCCAGUUUUGGCUUUAUACCCUCAAUGCCAGAUGAUAAUGAAGCAUUGACAGAAAGUCCAUUCAGUGUCCACACUGUUCCGUUAUCAAAGGAGGCUGAAACUGCUGAACAAGUGCCAUCGAAUCGGUAA